AUGCUGACAUGCCUCAACACAAGGACGAUUGCCCAAUUCGGAAAGCCUGUUUCCACCGAUGAUACCUACUUAGAAGAUACUAGUACUGGGCCCCUUGAACCACCAACUCGUCUGUACGGGGUAAACGCCCUUCUCCCCUGUCUGACUACUGAGGUAGGGCUCGGCUGCCACACGGGCACGCUCUACAUUUUGACGCCUCUGGAGGAUGUUACUCCUUAUAUUAUGGACUAUACUUUUCAGCUGCACACAGCAAGGUCAGCCACUCCAAUGGGUGAAGACAAUGGCUGCGAUAUAGUCUCCAGCCCACGCAGUCGUAGAUGUCAUCAUACGACGCUCAGCUUUCUGUGGCUUUCGGACUUGAUACCUGGUCAGGCAAUCUUCUCAAAGAGGCUUAGCGGAGAAUUGCUUAGGCCCGAGAUCGGCCAACCAAUCGUCACUACUCGUUCAGUACUACUAUUUACUCAAUCCCCUGCGAAGAACGGAAUACUGCUUAUUAAUUGUUAUAUGUCUGGUGCUAGGUUAGUUAAUCCUACUUUCUCGUCAGCCAACCCACCUAGGCCAAAUGCAUUCAUCACUGGGUUCGGAUCGGCAAACACCACGAGGGGCCCACAUGAUAAGCAUCCUUCUGUGUCUGGUAUAGGAUUAAUUCCCGCUGCUCCAUCAACCCCCUCUUGA